AUGACGCGGACACUCAACUUACAAGCAUGUGUUGAUUACAGACCGAUAGUUAGCUAGUUAGUCUCCCCGGUCUCGGUCGUCAACGCUCCGCGAAGCUAUCACCGUUCUGAAGAGCGCAGUAACUUAACUCCCGGAUGAUGGAUCCUGAUCGGCAGAAGCGAAGAGAGGAGAUUCAGAGGGCCAUGAGCUUCAUUCAGUCUUCGUUGCCUUUCCCAGAACCAGAGAGCUACGAGAACUUUCUGACCCAGCUGGUGUGUAACCUGCUUGACGAAGGGAAUUGUUGUUUUCGGGACGGGGACUGGCGCCAGGCGUCUCAACAGUACGGAGAGGGGAUCAGCGUCAGCCGCUACGCGCAGACCGAGGCUCUCAUCAUCCCGCAUGAGCUGCUGGAGAGCCUCUACGUUAACAGGGCUGCUGCCUUCUACCAGAUGAGGGAGUUUGAGCGUGGAGUCCAGGACUGCGACAGCGCUCUGUGUGUGUCGGAGGGCAGCCGCCGCGCUUUGUACCGCAGAGCCCUCUGCCUCCGGGAGCUGGGCCGCCUCAGGGAGGCCUACGAGUGUGGGACCAAGUGUCUCCUCACAGCACCGCAGGAUAGACAGGUUGUUGACCUGGCUCAGGACCUGGCCAACAAACUGGGCUUGAAGGUGCGAAAAGCGUACGUCAGCUCUCAGACGGAGUCGGCGUCCACAGACGGAGACGGCCAUGGGGAGACGUCGCCUCAAACAGGAGAAAUGGCGUCCAAUGGACUCGAGUCGCUGAGUGACAUCGGACAAACUGAUCUGUCCAGUGCUCAGUGCAUCCCCGCCCCUUUGGCCACGCCCAUCCCGGUGAGUGACGACCCGGCGACGGCGGUGGUGACGUCGUGCUCGGAGCUGCCGGAGAGCCCCAGCAGCCAGAUCCUGCCGCCGAUGCCGUACUCGGUCCCGGUGUCGGAGCACAUGGAGGAGUGCGGCAGCACGAUCCUGAAGGACGGGCUGGACAUUCUGGAGUCCAUUCCCAAGAAAGUCAGCGAGAAUCCAGUUCAAGGUGCUAUCCCCACCAACCUGCCCAACACGGCCGUCGGCCUCCGGCCUCCGUACUCGCCCAGCCUUCCGGCCCCGUCGCCCCAGCUGCCCCCCGCCUUCUUCAGCUCCUCCAUCAGCGACAUGCCUCCUCUGGAGUCUUACCCAUCUGUGUGUGACCAGAGCUCCACCCAGGCGCAGGACGCUCUGGGAAGCUUCUCCACCGGGAGUCCGGACGGAGACGGGAAGGGAGUGGCUGCUGGCGGGCUGGACUCCCUGUCCGAGUACACUCUCCCUGGAGGAAGAGUGUGUCACAGCUUCAUCCCUGGGAUGGGCAACCACAGUUCUACUGCUGCUAACGGUCCAGGAGGAACAAACCUCUCUCUGCUCUCCAGGAAUCCUCUGGCAGCAACGCACGAGUUUCGGCAGGCGUGUCACGCCUGUUACAGCCGAAUAGGUCCACGAGUGAUGGACUACAAAUACCAGCCAGAAGCAGCACAUCGAUGCAAAAGAGACGUAUUGCUGUGCCGUCUCAAGAACUCAGAUGAUCCCACCUGGAAGAGAAUCCGUCCCCGGCCCGCACGGAACAACUUCCUGGGCGCCUUUGUUCUCUGUAAAGAAGUACAAGAACGUCAGGAGUGCCAGUACGGGGAGAACUGCACGUUUGCGUACUGUCAGGAGGAGAUCGACGUGUGGACGCAGGAGAGGAAGGGCGCCCUGAGCCGAGAGCUGCUCUUCGACCCUCUGGGCAGCACGGAGAGGCGGGCGCUCAGCGUCACGCGGCUGCUGCAGCUGCACAUGGGCAUGUUCAUGUUCCUCUGUGAGGAGUGUUUCGACAGUAAACCUCGGAUCAUCAGCAAACGGAGCAAAGAAAAUUUAGCCGUCUGUUCAAACCUCACGGCGCGACACCUGUUUGAUGAUAACAAGUGCCUGGUCCACGUGGUGAGGUCCGCCAACGUCCGCUACAGUAAGAUCCGACCCCUCCACCCCCUCUGCCAGUUCGACGUCUGCCGCCACGAGGUCCGGUACGGCUGCCAGCGUGAAGACAGCUGCUCCUUCGCUCACUCCGUCAUUGAGCUGAAAUGCUGGGUCCUGCAGCAGGACACCGGUAUCACACAUGAAGAGAUGGUGCAGGAGUCCAAGCGACACUGGCAAAGGCUGGAGCAGAACGCUCAGAAGCAGCAGAAGCCCAUCCAUAUACCCCACUCCAGCAGCAGCAUGUCAGCUGGGGGGCUCGGGGGAAUGGGAGGUGGUUGUCCGGGUGGAGACGGCGUCGUGGCGGGAGGCGCCAACCCAGUGGGAGGAGUCGGGAUGGGAAUGUUGGGAGGAGGGCGAGGACGCCCUCUCAACCUGAAGAUGAAGUUCGUCUGCGGUCAGUGCUGGAGGGAAGGUCAGGUCAACGAGCCCGACAAGAACCUCAAGUACUGCACGGCCAAGGCGCGACACAGCUGGACGAAGGAGCGAAGGGUCUUACUGGUGAAGUCCUUUGAGAAGAAGAAGUGGGUGGUGGUUCGUCCUCUUCCCUUUUCCCGUUCUUAUCCACAGCAAUACGACAUGUGCGUCCAUGUGAUGAAGCAGAAGAAGUGCCACUACAUCGGGAACUGCUCCUUCGCUCACAGCCUGGAGGAGAGGGACGUGUGGACGUACAUGAAGAACAACAACCUGAGAGACAUGCAGCAGAUGUACGAGCUCUGGCUGCAGCUCACCAAUCAGAGCAGACGAGCAGACACCUCCGCCGUGAGCCCGCCCCCAGACGACAAGCAGGUGACCAUCACGGCAGAUUACACAGACAGCCUGGUGAGUCGGCAUUUGUCGGACAGCGACCACCUCUGAUGCAAACGCCUGCGGUCGCCGAGCUCCGCCUUCUGCAGCUGUGGACCCACCUGAACACAUUCACACAAACACAAACCCCACAGGCACUAGCAUCACGACGUUGUCUCUCGUUGCUACAACCGCGGUUUGGCUCCGAAACAAUCAGUCAGCGUUCCCCGAUGGUCCGAACGUGUCCACCAGGGGGAGCCCUCGCUUCCGUUUCCUUCCAACAAAGCUUCCUUAAGCACUGGGGAGGGCGCGCGGGUCGCUGCCCUCAAAUUGGCGUUUCAAAACGAAGCUCUCAAACUUCAGAUGUGUGUGUGCAGCAAAGACAAGCUUUUCUUUAAUUAAAAAAAACGAUUAACUGGAGAGGAUGUGGGCGGACACGCCCCCCUCUGAGCUCACAACCAAAUCCUUUCCUGGAGUUUAACGAGGUUUAACUUUGUUAGAAGUUUUUUUUUUGUUCUGUUUCAAGGAGAGUCACGCCUCCUUGUUUUAUCGUCUACCAUAUUGGUGGAAAAUGUUGAAUGUAACGCCUGCCUGGGCCUUCCAAACCAGGAGAAUAGUGCAGGUGGAUGACAUUUCAGUUAGUCCCGCCCCCUUUUGCUUCGAAUUGCAGCCAGUAGUGAGUCAGUCAGGAGAAAACGUUUUUAUGAACUGGAUGAACGAUCCUUUGGGCGAAAGCUGUGAAAAAAAAAAGUUAUAAGUUAACCCUUUAACACCAGAGCUUUAUGAUUUGUUGUAACUUUUCGACCGUUAACGCGAUAAUUUUUAGUAGAUAGUGAAUGAGAAAAGCGGCAUGAGCUGCUAGAGUUAUCGUGUUAACUUAUUUAUCUAACUUUUCAUCUAAACCAAAUUCAGGAAUCAGUUCUGGUCAUCAGCUGUGAAAAUAUCUGUUUUUUGUGAGCAAAUGUUUCAUUUAUCCCCCUUUUGAGCCCCAGAAUGUCACAGGAAUAAAGAUCUUCACAUUUAUUUGACUUUCUCUGUCCUCUUUUUUUUUUUCUUCUUUUUAUAAAACUUCUCAUCUAAACCAAGUUCAUGAAUCAGUUUCGGUCAUCAGCAGUGAAACUCGCCAGUUUUUCUGAGCAAAUGUUUCGUUUUAUCCCCCUUUUGAGCCCCAACCAUCACAGGAGUAAAGAUCUCCAUUUGAGUUUUCUGUUCUUCUUUUUCUAUCAAACUUAUCCAAGUCAAGUUUAGGAAUCAGUUCUGGUCAUUAGCGGUGAAAAGAUCAGUUUUUUCCGUAACUAAUGUUUUUUUUUUUUUUUUAAAUUCCCCGUUUUUAUCCCCCUUUUGAACCCCGGGCCAUCACAUGUAUUUGAAUCCAGAACUUUUCUGUCCUCCUUUUUUCUACCAAACUUCUUAUCUAAACCAAGCUCACGCCGCUUUUCUCCUUCACAAUCUGCACGAGUUAUCGUGUUAACGGUCGAAAAGUUACACUACAUUAAAAAGUUUGUGUUUAAGCGUCAUCAUUGACGCCUCAGAUGUUAAAGGGUUUUAAAAAACUGUUCAAAUGGCUGAAAAUAUGACGUCACGUUCUGGUCCGCUUUUGUUCUCGUUAUAAAUAAAGUUAGCGCGCUAGCUGGAGACGAUUCCCGCCGUGCCUAAAUAUACACAACAUUAAAAAAAAAAGUGAACACACACACACAGAAGCAGGCAGGACCGCCCCACCGUCCCCCUUCCUGCCUUCGACCCGGACAGUGUCUAUAUGCACACAUAUAUUAUUCAUACAGAUAAUAUACAUACUAAUAUUAAUGAUAACUUAGCAGUUAAGCUUAAUAAAUAUAACCUGAAACUUGUAUUGAUUGCAUAGAUCUUGUUGAGGUAUUGCCAUAUGAAAUGUACUGCUGAACUAGACGACUAUAGUGAGUUUUUUUUUUUUUUUUUUUUUUAAUGUUCCUUCUGUUCGGGUCGCUCCAGAUUUGAUUCGGCGAAAACCCAAACGGGCUUUUUUUAUUUUAUUUUUUUAUCUCUAUGUUCUAAUAUUUUCAUGUUCAGGUGAAUCUGCUUCCAUUUAUGUUCUAAGAAAAAGGAAGGAAGCACGUCCUUUCAAAAUAAAGGCACACCCGCCCAGUUUGCAUUCUGGAGCGGCCCGGAAAACUAGCUUCUUUGAGGGAUUGUAUCACUACUGCUUCUAGAGUUAUGAUGAAUAAGAUAAUGAUUGCUAUUCUUAUUUUCUUCUAUAUGCUAUUGAUAUAUGUAUGUAAAUCGCAAUCUUUAUAUAUGUAUCCAUGUGCGAAUAUAAUAAUUGACAGUAAGCAGGCACCUGGGCAUGUCACCUGUCCUCUACAGGUGAGGACAGGAAGUGCAUACGCAGAGGCCUCUAUGCUCCUGUAUAGCGCCUUAUUCAAUAUAAGAUGAUACA